CUCUCUCUCUCUCUCUCUCUCUCUCUAUUUAUAUACAUACAAAUUGUUUAUACAAAACUCUGAUUUUUUCUCGUCAGAACCUCUUCUAACGAUAAUCGAUUUCGCACCUGUGUAUUUCGCUUCGUAUAACUGUAGAUUUUUUUAUUUUUUAUGUACAAUCGAUAUGGUUCAACUGCGUAGCGGAGUGCGCCAUGGCCAACUGCCGAAGAAGAAGGAACUUAUUGCUCCGAUCAAACCACCACCACCGACACGACAAGCGAAGAAUAGGAAGAAAAAGGAGAAGGCAAGAAUGGUACGGAAACCUCAGAGGCGAACUAGACAGAAGCAGAGGAAGGAGGAAGAUGAGAAUGAUGGGAAGAAUGUCGAUAACUGCAAUGUGAGCCCCCCGUUGAAGGAGGUCCAGGAGGAGGGUGAUCAAAAAAUCGUACGGAAUCCUCGGAAGCGAACUAGACAGCAGCAGAGUAAGGAUGAGGUGGAGGAUGAGAAUGUUGUUGUGAAGAAGGUGGAUAACUGUAAUGUGACUCCAUUGAAGGUACAGGAGGGUAAUGAAGCUGCUAGGGUUAGUGGCGGUGGUACUGAACAAGACGAUUUCUUCGGUACUACUGACGAAGAUGAUUGCUUUGGUACUAGUGACGUAGAUGAUGAAGAAAACACAGAUCCAGUUCCUGAAUUGGUUCAGGUUGGCGGUUCCCCAGCAUACAAAGUUGAGAGGAAACUUGGAAAAGGAGGGUUUGGACAAGUAUAUGUCGGUCGCCGUAUUAAUCCUCCAAAUCCAGAUGAAAAAACUGGCCCGGGUGCUGUAGAGGUAGCCUUGAAAUUUGAGCAUUCAAGCAGCAAGGGAUGUAAUUAUGGACCACCCUGUGAGUGGCAAGCUUACAAAGCACUUGGUGGCAGUCAUGGUGUGCCACAAGUACAUUACAAGGGCCAGCAAGGUGACUACUACAUAAUGGUGAUGGAUAUGCUUGGGCCUUGUUUAAGGGAUGUUUGGUAUAAUAAAUUCCCCAGCAUCAGCAUGUCAUCGAUUGAUAUGGUUAUUUGCAUUGCCAUUGAAGCAAUCUCUAUAUUAGAGAAGAUGCACUCCAGAGGGUAUGUACAUGGGGAUGUAAAGCCUGAAAACAUUUUGCUUGGUCUACCAGGGACUCCCGACGAGAAAAAAGUGUUUAUUGUUGACCUUGGAUGUGCUAGCAGAUGGCGUGAUAGUUUGACUGGUCUACAUGUUGAUUAUCAUCAAGCACCUGAUGAUUUUAGGGGAACAAUUUGGUUUGCGAGUGUGCAUGCGCAUCUUGGAAGAACUAUGAGCAGGAGAGAUGAUUUGGAAUCUCUUGCUUACACACUUAUUUUUCUUCUCCGUGGCCGGCUUCCUUGGCAAGGAUAUCAGGGGGAGAACAAAAAUUACCUUGUUUGUAAGAAGAAGAUGGCAACUUCUCCAAAAGCCCUUUGUUCCGCUUGUCCUGAACCUUUUAGACGGUUUGUAGAGUAUGUGGUGAACUUAAAGUUUGAUGAAGAACCUAACUAUGCCAAAUAUGUCUCCCUCUUUGAUUGGUUACUCGGUCCAAAUCCAGAUCUCAGGCUUAUUAGCACUGAUGGUGCUACAAAGCUUCUACGGGAGUUUGACCAUAAGAGAGGGCAAUCAACAAUUGAAGAGGAAAACAAUGAACGGCCGAAUAAGAAGGUACGAAUGGGAGUGCCUGCAACACAAUGGAUUAGUGUUUACGAUGAUCGCUGGCCUAUAAAGCAAAGAUAUCUCUAUAACAUGACAGAUGAAAGGCUUUCCCUUCACAUUGAGAAAGGCAAAGGAGAUGGAUUAUUUAUCAGCAGUGUGGCAUCGUCGUCAAAUCUGUGGGCCUUAAUCAUGGAUAAUGGCACUGGCAUCUAUGCUCAAGUUUAUGAGGUCUCACCUGAUUUUCUUCACAAGGAGUGGAUAAUGGAACAAUGGGAGCAUAAAUAUUAUAUUACCGCAGUAGCAGGAGCUAGUAACGGGAGCUCAUUGGUGGUGAUGUCCAAGGGUCCCCUAUAUUCGCAGCAAUCAUAUAAAGUCUCCAACUCAUUUCCAUUCAAAUGGAUUCGUAAAAAAUGGCGUGAAGGGUUCGCUGUCACUGCCAUGGCUACUGCAGGUAGUACAUGGGCAAUUGUCAUGUCUCGAGGAACAGGCUUUUAUAAUCAGGUUGUGGAACUUGAUUUUCAUUAUCCUAGUGAAGGUCUUCAUAAGAGAUGGAAUGCUGGUUUUCGCAUCACAUCAACCGCAGCAACUAGUAACCAGGCUGCUUUCGUUCUAAGCAUGAAAAGAGGACAAGAUGAUGAUCAAAUACAGGAGACCCUUCGGACUACUGCUUUUCCUAGUACACAUGUCAAGGAGAAAUGGGCAAAAAAUCUUUACAUUUCAUCGGUUUGCUAUGGUCGGACUGUUUCAUGACAGUUCCUUCCAUAUUUUGCUCUUUUGUGAAGCAAAGAUGGCAGCCUUGUCUUUCGAAGCCAUAUUGAAUCAUUCAUGUCAUUUGGUAUGCAAACCUUCACUUACCAACACCUGUGCAACUAGUUUAAAUUAUGUUGAGAGAAGCUUCUUAGCUAAGAUCAUUUUUUUUGGGUACCAAAUGAUGAUAUGGGGCUUGUUUUUCAUUGUCAAAAGUUUGUACUACAGUUUUGAGAAGUAAUUAUUAUUAUGUGCAUGGGUGAUCAAAACAUAUAAUUGAAGGUGUUUUGGAAAAAUGUGAUUAUAG